AUGUCUUUACACAGUGUCCCACGCUUCGAUCUAUCAGGAGCUGAAAACGAUGAACCUUUGCAUGCCAGAACCCAAUUCAAACCGAUUUCAGAAGAGUAUUUGGAUUUGGGUGAUCCAGUGUAUUGUUGUAAAGCAUGUAAAGCCCUGUUGUGGCAUGGUGAAGCAACUAUAGGAAAUCCUUACUUAACGAAAAAAGCUUUUUCGCUUUGUUGUGGUCGAGGAAAGGUCCAACUCCCUAAGCUAACGCAUCCUCCCCAGCUGUUGCUUGAUCUGUAUAGUAAAAAAAAUGAAGCUUCUCAAGAAUUUACAGAUAACAUAAGACGGUACUACCAUCUUAUUGGUAGCUUGCUUCCUGAACAAGGGAGGACUCCAAAGUUUUCACAGCUAUACAUUGUUGACACUGAAAAUGAAGAGCAAAAUAGAUGGUAUGCUGCUAGUUUUCCUUCGGACGCAACACCCUCUACCAUUCAAGCUACUCCAUUUUGGAUUGCAAAUCAAAUAAAGGGUAUGUUGGACGUUGUAAAUCCAUUGGUUAAGAAAUUUAGAAUGGUUAGAGAUCGGCUUAAUGUUAAUAUUAGCGAAGAUGUUAAGCUUAACCUGAUUGGAAAUAGAGAAAAAGAUGGCAGGCAGUAUAACUUGCCAACAGCAAGUGAAGUUGCAGCUAUCAUUGUUGGUGAUAUUGAUGGUAGUGGAGAUCCAAGAGAUAUUAUCUUGGAAAGACAGUCUAGUCGUUUGAAGCGUAUAAGCGAGUUGCAUCCAUCUUAUCUUGCUCUCCAAUAUCCAUUGAUUUUCCCAUAUGGCGAAGAUGGUUUUCGAUUGAAGAUACCACAUCGUGCUGUAGUUGAAGGUAGCAACGCGAAACGCACAGACUCGACCAUGCGAGAAUUUUUUGCAUACCGUUUACAACAAAGGACCGAUGAAGUUUCAUUGUUGCUUAUGGCACGCAGAUUGUUACAACAGUUUACGGUUGACUCAUAUACAAUGGUUGAAUCACAACGACUUUACUACGUACGGAAGAACCAAAAAACAUUAAGGGUUGCACCAGAAAGCAAGUUGGCUAAUUCCCGUGAUGGUGGGAACACUAAUGCUGCCCAAACCGGUCAACGUAUCGUAAUACCGUCCUCAUUUACCGGUGGUUCUAGGUAUAUGAUGCAGAAUUAUCUAGAUGCCAUGACCCUUGUGAAAUGGUACGGUUAUCCUGAUCUUUUUCUUACUAUGACAUGCAACCCGAAAUGGCCUGAGAUACUAAGGUUUCUUGAGAAGCAUGGUUUGAAACCUGAAGACAGGCCAGACAUCACAACGCGAAUGUUCAAGUUGAAGCUUGAUUUGUUGAUAACGGAUCUGAUGGACAACGAAAUUAUUGGCAAAGUCGAAGCAAUUGUAUACACCGUUGAAUUCCAGAAGCAUGGUCUACCCCACUGUCAUGUGUGCCUCUUCCUAAAGGAUAAACUACCUAAUCCGCGUGAUAUUGAUCGAAUCAUUCAAGCGGAAAUUCCUAACCAAGAUGAUGACCCCGCACUUUACCAACUUGUGUCUGAAUUCAUGAUGCACGGUCCCUGUGGUGAAGAUAAUCCAUCAUGCCCUUGCAUGAAGCAAAAAAAAUGUACAAAAUAUUUCCCAAGAGACUGGACAGACGAAACGUACAUUGACGAUGACGGAUAUGCCAAAUAUAGAAGACGUAACAAUGGAAAUAGAGUAAAAAGGGGAGGCUGUUGGUUGGAUAAUAGGUCAGUUGUUGGAUACAAUGGUACCCUACUUAGACGGUAUCAAUCGCAUAUAAAUGUUGACUGGUGCGAUCAGGUGGGGUCUAUAAAGUAUCUUUUUAAGUAUGUCAACAAGGGUCCCGAUAGGAUAACUGCUACUAUAUCAGGUCCAACUCAUCAACAAGGCGCUGAUGAACCAAACGCAGUUAACAAGGAUGAAGAAAAAGAGUUCUAUAAUUGUAGGUAUCUUUCUGCAUGUGAAGCAUGUUGGAGACUAUUUGGAUUUGACAUACACUACCGUAGACCUGCCAUUGAACGCUUAUCGUUUCAUGAAGAAGGCGGUCAGCCUAUAGUGUAUGAUGGUGAUGAAGGCAUUGAUGAAGUCCUCACAAAACCAUCCGUUGGAAGGUCACAGUUUUUAGGAUGGUUUGAAUGCAAUAAACGGUAUCCAGAAGCUCGCUCCCUCACAUAUGCUCAGCUUCCUACAAAGUUUGUAUGUUUAUCCCGUCCUGAAUAUGUUUGGGAAGAGACAUGGAAAGAAUUGUCCGACGAUAUUAACCAUAUUCGUCGUCGUGAAACUCGUGUUCCAGAUCUCAAUCUCAGUCCAGAGGCACUUAGAAACCACACACUUGCAAAGAUCGAAGAGUUGUUGCUUUCUCAUGGUACAAGUCUUCGAAACAUUAUUGGCAUGUCGUAUCCAGAUUAUGGAAUCAUCGAGGAUUCAUGCAAUUUGUUGAUUCAGCAAGAGCUUGCUUACGACAAGGAUGCAAUGAGGCAGGUGGUGUUUUUUUCCUAUAUGGCUACGGGGGGAACGGGUAAAACUUUUGUGUGGAAGACAUUGUCUUCUGCUAUUAGAUCAAAAGGGGAGAUUGUAGUAAAUGUUGCUUCAAGCGGGAUUGCUGCCCUUCUUCUUGAUGGCGGUCGAACAGCUCAUUCUAGGUUUGCAAUCCCAAUCAAUCUAAAUGAGGAUUCUUUUUGUUCUAUAACUCCAGACAGUGAUCUAGCUGCAUUGUUAAGAAAAGCACGUUUGAUAAUUUGGGAUGAAGCUCCCAUGAUGCAUAGGCAUUGCUUUGAAGCAUUAGAUAGAACAUUGCGUGAUAUAAAUUCAUUGACCUCCUCCCACUUGGCUAACAAACCAUUCGGUGGCAAGGUCAUACUUUUUGGUGGUGAUUUUCGACAGGUGCUUCCAGUAAUUCAGAAAGGAACACGUUCAGAGAUUGUUAAUGCUUCACUCAACUCGUCAUAUAUAUGGCGUCAUUGCACCGUGCUUCGAUUAACUGUUAAUAUGCGUUUGCAGUUUGGAUGUCCCCAACAUUCUUUAGACGAAGUGAAACAAUUUGCUGACUGGAUUCUUAAGAUUGGUGAAGGAAAAAUCGGAGAACUGAAUGAUGGUGGUGAGGGGGACGUUCAAUUUCCGGACGAAAGACAAAGCUAUUUUGGUUCCAACCAAUGA